AUGAAGCCUCUGCUUGGAAACUUGUACCUCCCGAGGUUGCUGGUUCCUGCGGAGCUGGAAUAUGAUAGGUGAGUGUGAAGCUGGAGGAGGGAAGCUGUGGAUAAUGUAGUGAGCCCAUGGAGGAUUCUGGAGACAUAUUCCUAUAACAGAUACCACCCCAUGGGGGAGAUCUAUCAGUGGAUGAGUGAGAUAAGGGAGAAGUACACGGAAGUGGUGACGUAGCAUUUCCUAGGAAUGACCUAUGAGAGCCGGCCCAUGUAUUAUUUGAAGCUCAGCCAACCAUCCAAUAACCCCAAGGAGAUUAUCUGGAUGGACUGUGGAAUUCAUGCCAGGGAAUGGAUUGCCCCUGCUUUUUGCCAGUGGUCUGUGAAAGAGUAAAUUCUACAGAAUUAUAAAGACAACUCAAGGAUAAGAAGUUUCCUUAAAAACCUGGACUUCUAUGUGCUUCCGGUUCUUAACAUAGAUGGUUACCUCUAUACUUGGACAACGGAUCGGCUUUGGAGGAAAUCCCGUUCAUCCCAUAAUAAUGGCAUGUGUUUUGGGACAGAUCUCAAUAGAAAUUUCGAUGCAUCCUGGUGUAGUAUCGGUGCAUCUCACAACUGCCAAGAUUUAACAUUCUGUGGGACAGGACCCAUGUCUGAACCAGAGACUAAAGUUGUUUCCAGCUUUAUCGAGAGCAGGAAGGAGAACAUUGCCUGCUUCCUGACCAUGCACUCUUACGGGCAGCUCAUCCUCAUGCCUUAUGGCUACACCAAAAAUAAAUCAAGUAACCAUGAAGAACUGAUCCAAGUUGGACAGAAGGCAGCAAAUGCAUUGAAAGCAAAGCAUGGAACCAAUUAUAGAGUUGGAUCUAGUGCAGAUAUUUUAUAUGCCAUUUCAGGGUUUUCAUGAGACUGGGCUUGGGACAUUGGGAUCCCCUUCUCAUAUGCAUUUGAGCUGAGGGACAUGGGUACAUAUGGGUUUGUCCUGCCAGAAACUCAGAUUCAGGCCACCUGCGAGGAAACCGUGGAGGCUGUGCUUUCAGUCCUGGAUAAUGUGUAUGAGAAAUACUGGUAUUCAAACAGUGCUGGAAAGGUGACAUCUACUGCUGUGGUGCUGAGCUUGCUGAUGUCCUUCAUGUUUCUUCUGUAGGUGCAUCCUACCUAGGCCUGCUCAGCCCCAGAGACGUGGAUAUAGCUGCAUGAAAGGUGUUUGAGGCUAUGGAGGAACCAAAUAAUUUAACUAGAAAUACUUUCUGUUUCAAAAAAGAUGAAUCAUCUUUGCAUUUUAAUGUUUGUUCUGCUGGUAAUUAAUUGUUAUUACUUUAGUAGACUUUAAUAUUAGUUAGUUAUUGGUACAAUAAUGCCACAAACCAAACCACUCUACAAUUCAGUGACUCACAAAUCUAUAGGUCAGCUAGGAAGUUCUGCUGAUCUUGGCUGUGCUCACUUAUAUAUCUGUGGUUUGUUUCAGGGCAGCUGCCCCAGG